AUGGUAUCAAGAGAACCAUUUGAUCCACAUACAACCAAAUGGUCAGAUGUUAAUUUGUUCAAAUUUGGAGCUUUAAUCACUGUUUCAUCAACAAUUGAAAAUGUUAUUUUCUAUCCGUUCUAUGUUCUUAAAACACGUGAACAAAGUGAUAGACGCAAUUUAACACUUUUACAAUCAUUUCGAUAUCAUCUACGCACCACUUUAUCAAAAUCAAAUUAUGCUACACAAGGUUCAUCAUUAUAUCGUGGUUUUUGGUUUUCAAAUAUGGCUAGUAUACCAGCAUAUGGAAUUUAUUUAGGUGUUUAUAUUUCUACGAAAGAUCAACUUAAUGCAUCAACAAAUAUAUCUGCUCGUUUUUAUGCACCAUUUAUUGCCGGUGCUAUCGCUGAUGUUGUUAGUAUCCUCUUCUAUGUGCCUAGUGAUGUUAUUGUACAACGUCUCCAAAUUGCUAAUAGUCCAUAUAAAUCAACUUCAGAUGCUGUACGUAAAAUCUAUGUAAAUGAAGGUCUUAAAGGUUAUUAUCGAGGACUUGGUGCAACAUUUAUUGUUAGUAUACUUGCUUCAUCUAUAUGGUGGACAGCUUAUGAAAAUGUUAAACUUCUUCUUUAUCGUCCAUCGAUAUUACCUUAUUUAGUAUGGUCGAAAUCAUCGGAUGAUAAAAAAACUGAAAUUCAUCGAAUUCCACAAUUUACAGCGGGUUUUAUUGCUGGUACAAUUACAUCAACUUGUGUUAAUCCAUUAGAUGUUGUUAAAACACGUAUUCAAACACAAAAUCUUUAUAUAUCAGAUACAAAAUCAUCACCAAUAAUGUAUAAAAAUAUGUUUCAUGGUCUUAGAUGUUUAUGGCAUGACGAAGGUGUACAUGGAUUGUUGAGAGGUGUUCUACCGAAACUAAUAUCUCGAGGACCGUUGUCAGCUAUUAGUGCACUCAUAUUUGAACUUGUUCUGUAUUAUUCUCGGAAUGAUAUACAUCCAGUUUGA